AUGUUUGUAAGAAGCGCUCGAGAAUCACCGUCUGUUGUGUCCACGCGAGUCUUGAGAACUCAUCGCAAGAAUUCAGUGGAAAAUUUUCGGCUACAGGAACGAGUGAAAACAAUUGACUUUGAAAGCAAGCAUAACUAUUCACAAAUCUCGGACGAGAUUGAUGGGGUUCGCCAAAAUUUAGUUAAGAUAAAAGGUGUAAAAAAGAAUGUUGGUGUUAGCGUAGAAAGGCGGAAACUAUUGCGUGAUAAGGGGCUUCGAAUUUUGCCCGUUAAGCACAACGACAAAGACGAUUACUUCAAAGUGCGGACCCCGCAAGGCAAGGACGUUAUUAUUUCUUGCUCAGAUUUUUACGAUGGAGAGACCAUGAGGAAACGCCUUAGCAUCGAUGUACAUGAAUCAGCUAGAACUCCAUGCCUUGAUGUAGAAAAUUCCGAUGGUGAAGAGCUAUUGGAUUUCGGAUUACCUGAAAGUCGAAAUCGGCGUCAUACCAUAUCUUUGGAUAGACCAUUUCGUUACAGGAACAUAACACCGCCUUUACGACCAGGAUCUAGAAGAAACUUCAAGGACGUCGAGGAAAAAAAUUCGGAAGAUGAAGAAAAACUUCUUGAAAAGCUCAGCAGCAUGGAAAGAAAAUAUGGAAUUUUAAGGCCCCAGACUGCUUAUUUAAGGGAAAGAGAUCGUCAAGCUUCACCGCGUCCGAGAAGUCGCACCUGCCCGGCUGAAGUACAAUCCGGCGAAACCACCUCGGCCCCUUAUAGGAAGAUAUCCAGAAAAAAUUCAGGAAUUGUUGGAAAUACAACAAAAAAGUCUCGUGGAAAUCCCUCUGUGGACAAUGAAACAAGCACCACAACGAAAACGACCGAAGAGCAGAUGCUGCAGGCAAAAGGCAACCAGCAGGAAGCUUGCAUGAAUACCAACGUAGUUUUGGAAGAGACUAUCCCGUUGAGUCCGAGCGUUAGACCAGGUUUAAGGGCAAAGUCGAUGACCGUGGGAUCAGGACAACCCCACUCUGGUAUUUCGCGUACCGUUGUUGGUAUUAGAAGAAUGAGCUUGGACAGAGAUAAAUCUAUUCGUCUUCCAUCUUCCCCGUCGGCUGGUAGAUGGUUUCAGCCGGACACUCCUGAAUUUACUCCAAUAAAUGAAGAUAAUGAGAAAGUGGAACGAAAGUUGUCUAAAUUCACCGAAAGGAAAGUUUCGUGGAAGGACAAUUUAAAUGACGAUCGCAAAAGUAGGAUUGACGAAAGCAGUCUCUUCAAUGGGUCUCCGACACCAUCAACGGAAUCUUUCGCUGUUAGAGAUGGUAGAAAGGAAAGUGUAAUGAGUACAAAAAGUCGAACAAAUUGCGAUGUACGCGCGCAAAGUGCGCCUCAUUCGCGUUUAUCUUCCAGAAAAGUAUCCAGACGAUCCAGUCAUAAUUUUGCAUACGACGCACAACCCGACAAGGCUCUGACCAAAGGCUACGUCACCAUGCAAAUGACUAUUGGCAAUAAACAAGUCAAAGUGUAUGUACCUAAGUUCUCUACUGAUUGUUUGGAUGAUGUUGUCGAGAGAGCUCGAGCAAAAUCAGCUGUAAAAGCUGUAGGUAAUCAGGGCCGACCGUUGAAAAAUAGGAGAUAA